AUGCCCUGUGGAUUAUCUCGACUAACUAAUCUUCGAAGUUUACCUCUCUUUAUUGCUGGUGACAAAACUGGUGCAUGCUCAAUUAUAGAGCUUGAGAAUUUGAAACUUCAUGGAAAAAUGGUAAUUCAAUUUUCAGAAGAUUUUAAGAAUUAUUCUUGUGGUGGAAGAAAAAUCUUGAAGAAUAAAGAACUUAAUGAACUGCGCAUAGCGCUUAAUGAAAGAUUUGACAAGGACAUGUUCGUUGAUCUUUGUCCCAACACGAGCUUAAAGAAGUUAGAAAUAUGCUGUUAUAGGAGCCCACAAUUUCCAACAUGGUUGAUGGAGUCACAGUUGCCAAAUUUGGUUGAAGUUAGACUUGGAGGCUGCAGGGAUUGUGAGCAUAUUCCUCCGUUUGGAAAUCUACAGUUUCUUAAGAAGCUUGACUUAGACUAUAUGAAUGGCAUUACACAGUUGGGUGCUGAGUUCCAUGGUUACAGAGGCUUUCCUUCCCUUCAAGAACUCAGCUUGAAUUGGAUGUCUAAUUUAGAGGAAUGGUCAGAGUCUCAUGUUGUCGACCAGUUGUUUCCUUUACUGCAAAAGUUGUUGAUUUUCAUGUGUCCUAAAUUGAAAAGUACACCGAGAUUUCCCAGAAUCCAAGAGCUUCAGACAUCAUGCGGCAAUGGGAGCAUACUCUCAUGUAUCGGAAGAUUCACUUCUCUUUCUGUUCUCCAACUGACGGCGAUGCCUGACAUAGCAUCUCUUCCAAGUGGCUGCAUCAGAAACCUCACAUCCUUGACCAAAUUACAAAUUGCAAGAUGCGAACAAUUCCAAUCUCUUCCUGGGGAUGAAAUGCAGUUCCUAGAAAUGCUUCGUUCAUUGAUCAUUGAACGGUGUGAUAAUUUGGCUUUCUUCCCGGAAGUGCGGAGUCUCAAUUCUGUUUGUUUUCGACUGAAUGGUGUGAUAUCGCAGCCAAAAGAAUUCGUUCAAAUCUUGAAUUCAGUAGAUGAGUUCCAUAUAGAGAUUUGUGACAACAAUGUUGAUUUACGUGGGCAACUGCAAUACUUACACACGCUCAAAAUAUUGUCUCUAUCUGGUUCACAUGCUGACAGUCAAUUAACGUUUCCGUAUGGAAUCCGAAAAUUAAGUAUUUGUUGUUGUGAUGAAUUGGAGUCGUUGAUUGCAGCAGAAGAAGUAAGCAAUAUUGUGCUAGAACAACUAUACAUAAAUAGAUUUUCCAAUCUCACGACCUUGCCUGACUGGCUGCAGCAUCUCAACUCUCUUCGUGUACUAUGUAUCUGGCACUGCCCACGAUUAGAAAGGGUGUCAAGGGAUUUGAAGAAUCUACAUAUGUUAAAAACUUUGAAUAUUGUCGGCUGCCCACAACUGAAAAGUAGAUGUGCAAGGGAGACAGGUGAAGAUUGGCCGAUCAUCUCAAAUAUUCCACAUGUUGAUAUUGAAUAG